UGCAACAUGCUUUGGAUCAUCAGCUGUUUGGCUUUGGUGGCCUCCACUCUGGGCUGUGGAGUGCCUGCAAUUAAGCCUGAAAUCAGCGGCUUCAACCGAAUUGUAAACGGAGAGAAUGCGGUCCCUGGCUCUUGGCCGUGGCAGGUUUCUCUACAGCAAUCUAAUGGCUUCCAUUUCUGUGGAGGAUCUCUGCUCAACGAGUACUGGGUUCUCACCGCUGCCCACUGCCGUGUUCAGCCCGGAUCUCACUACGUUAUUCUUGGAGAAUAUGACCUUGCCACCAAUUCUGAACCUGUUCAGGUCAUGAGUAUUGCCAAGGCCAUCACCCAUCCAUACUUCAACAGUCAGACCUUCAACUAUGACGUCACAGUGCUGAGACUGGCCACUCCAGCCCAGAUGACUCAAACCAUCUCUCCAGUCUGUCUGGUCGGCUCCAACGACAACGUCCCCCCUGGCACUAUUUGCGUCAACACUGGCUGGGGCAGAACUGCAGUCACCCCUAAUCCUCGCUAUCUGCAGCAAGUUACUCUGCCCAUUAUAAGCACACCUCAGUGCAUGCAGUACUGGGGACAGGGAAGAAUCACAGACUCCAUGAUUUGUGCUGGGGCAUCCGGUGCGUCCUCCUGCCAGGGUGAUUCCGGCGGUCCUUUGGUGUGUCAGAGCGGAGGCGUUUGGUACCAGGCGGGUAUCGUGUCAUGGGGCAGCACGGACUGCAACGUUCGCGCGCCAGCGAUCUACUCACGUGUCACUUACCUGCGUCAGUGGAUCGACCAGACCAUCGCCUCCAACUAGAGCUCCAGCCCGAGGAUUUUCUCUCUAGAAGGACAACAGACAUCUGUCAUUGCUUAAAUGUACUCCAGCUAUUGGGAGUGACU